GAAGAAAACUACGAUCGCUCCUGUAAAAUGAAGAAAGUGGGAUCGCUCCCGUAACGUUUCCGCCGGGAGAGGGCGCGUUUGACAGCUGUCAUUUGCGCGCUUUCCUCUCGGGCGGACGACGACGGACGGAAAUCUUUAUUUAUAUCACACACGACGAUGUUCCCCUAGAGUGCGACCGGCUGUGAACGUGCGUGACGAAAACGAUACGAAAACACGACAGAAUGGCGAACGAGGAGGUGUUGGGUCCGCGAAAAACGAUGUUUGUAUUAGUGAUUGUUGUGGGGUGUUUUGCGGUGCUCUGGCCCAGGAUCCUGUCCCCGCUGAUCCUGGGCCACACGCGGGACCAGUUGAAGCCCAACCAGUUCGACCGGGAGGCAGGAUGCUGUGAGGUAAUGUUUGCAUCGGAAGUAGCAGUUCUGGAGCUCAUCAACGAAGUGUGCAACUCAGUGGUGCACGCUGACGUGAAAAUAUCACCGUACGCAGCUGCUGAAUGCAGAAAGGCUGUGAACGAAACAUGUGGCGUUGAUAUAGCAGCGUUUUUGAAACGCGAUGAAAAUGUGGGGAAGACGUCAAAGAAUUUGGUCAAUAUUAUGAAGAGUAGCAACAGUUCGUGCCUGAAAGAGCACUUUGGGAUGCCACAAUGGAGCCUCAAUGCGCAUACAGCGUUGAACUCUUGGACUAUACCAGACACCGUGAAGCAAGAGCGCCCGUCCAUGCGAGUGGGCCCGCACCCUGCUUUGCGCGAGAGAGGGCGCGCCAUCCCUCCAGGGCCCAGUCCGCAGCCGCGGCCACCCAUCACCAUGCCGCCGCACGCCAGGGUACGCCCCUCCCCCCUAGCGGGGUACUAUGAGCUCGAUAUCAAGCCGCCUCCAAUCCCGGGCAUGAGGCCGCCUCUGGGCUCGCCCGGGGGCCCCGUGGCCGCGCCCAAGUCUUCCAUGGGCUUCGUCAUGCCCAUCUACACCAUCUGCAUCAUCGUCUUCUUCGUCUACACGCUUAGCAAGAUACUGUUCAAGCGCACCGGCUCGACUCCCUACGAGGCGGUGAGCCCGGACCCUCAGUUCAGGAGGCGCGUCUUCAGGGAUGACUCCAGGACCUCGCCUGACAAGCUGGGCCCGAAGGAGCGAGACACGAGGGACGACGAGUUGGAGGCGCUGCGCGCGCGGCUGGCGGAGACGGAGCGCGCCAUGCAGCGGAUCGUGGGCCAACUGGCCAAGCGCGACGCGGACCUGCAGGAUAACCACGCUCGCCCCUACACUAACGGAACCGUCCUACACAACACCGGGCCCGUGCACAUAGUCGCGAGUGAGUACCGGGAGGAGUCCAAAGAGAAAAGCCCAGAACCCGCCAAGAAUGAAUCCAUCCCUGAGUCUAAAGAACCCUCCCCUGAGCCUAAAGAAUCAGCUCCAGAAGAGAAACCAACCCCUGCCCCUAAAGAAUCCACUCCAGAGCUUAAAGAACCAAAAGAAUCCUCCCCUGAGUCUAAAGAAUCAGCUCCAGAGGAGAAACCAACCCCUGAGCCUAAAGAUUCCACUCCCGAGCACAAAGAACCUACCCCUGACCACAAAGAAUCUUCCGCUGAACUUGAAGAAUCUUCACCAGAGCCUAACGAAUCCUCCCCUGACCUAAAGGAAUCUUCUGUUGAGCUUGAAGACCUUACACCCGAGUCCAAAGACACCAGUCCUGAAUCUGAAGAGCCGACCCCUGAUCAGAAAGAAUCCACUGAAACAAAAGACCAAAAACACAAUGCAGAUCUCAUUAAACUUACAGAAACUGAAAACGCUGUAGAAAUUGCUGAAGACGUUGUAGUAAAAUCCACUGAAGACUUUUUGGAUAACGCUAGAGAAGUGGAAGUGGUUUCGGCUAAAGAAUUCGAAGAAAGUCCCAAGAAAGAAGAGAGGACGACACCUGAACUGCUUGAGGAGGCUCUGAAAGAGGAUUCGUCGGACAAAGGAUCGGAAGAUGGCGCGGAGGAGGACCAGGAAAAGCCCAGUGUAAAGCACGAGGCGGAGUCGGUGCAGUCCAUCUUCUUGGAGACUCAGAUCCCGCAGCAGGCGCGAGUACUGGUGGCCGACUUCCAGGACCACGCCGACGCGCGUGCGCAGCCCAAGCACUCGCCGACGGUGGUGAGCGGCAAGAUGACGCUGUCCCUCAUCCAGGACGCGCCGCGAGACACUCCCGACCGGGAUCUUGAAUCAACAGUAGACGACUUCACAACAGCGAGUGGAGUCACGCAGCCGGCCGCUGAGAAAGACGAAGAGUUGUCCGACGAGGAAAUCGACGAGGAGAUCGAGAUAGAAGAGAUCGAGGAAGAAGUUGAAGAAGUUGACGACGAGGAAGAAGAAGAACCGAAGAAGAACUCGGUCCAGAAGAAGUGAACUGAUUGUAAAGGCGCGGUACCUCGGCAUUAGAGGGUUAGAUUUUGAUAGAGCUUCCAUCGACAACAAGAAUAAAUUGUAUUGACAAACGAUUCUGAAACGCUUAAUGGCAAAAAAUGGAAUAUUAUUAAUUGUAGCGCCAUCCUAAUAAUGUCGUAGUUGGCUGGGACGGUUCAGUGUUAGAAAUCGUUCGAAAAUCCAAUAAUUACAGAAGGAAAGUCAAUAAGGUAUCUGUGGUGCAAUAUAAAACAUAGAUAACAAAUAGCACAGACCAUGUUAGCGUCGCUUCUGUUUUGUUUAUUGUCUGGCUCUAAUGAAUGAGCAUGAGUUUUCUUUGAAACUACUUUUAACUAGGGGGCACUCAUUCGAACAUGAAAAGAUUCCUACAAGCUGUACAAGUUUUUGCUACUCACGAAGGCGAGUGAGCUUUACUUGUGUGUGCACGUGUACAUGCACAAAAAAUAGUGAUGUCUAUCAAAACUUUUAAAUAACUAACAGUAGCGAGCCACCACACAUGUAAAUCUUGUACUCGCUUUCGUGAAUUGCAACAACUAUACUAAAUAUCAAGCAAAUUGAAAGCAUAAAUCAUAAAAGAGGACUGAAGUUUCGAUGGUAAAUGCCACAUUUAUUCUUGUUGCUGUUGGAAGAACAGAUGAAACGUAGAUAUGUGCGAAUAUUUUGUAAUACAUUUUUUACUGGCUUUGAAGUUUAAGGAUGUUAGAAUAAUAGUUAUAGAUAUAUAUUUAGGCUUUAUUUCUUUGCCACUCAUUCUCUGACUUCAUUUUUGUUACAAUUAUGUCAUUGUGUUAUACUUGUGGAUGUGUCAUUGAUAAGUUGAAAAUAAGAUUUAAACCUCUAAUGUCGAUUCAAAAGAAUAAUGACGAAAGGAAAGAUAAUUUUGACCUAAGAUACAGAUUUGAUUAUUGCUCUUUUCAAUUAUAUUCGCAUAGCGUAUGCAUAUACUUUAAUUCUAUUGAGUAACCAAGCAAUUCUAUCUUUGGUCAUUGUUGUCUUGAAUUUGUCAAAAUUCUGUACAUGUACUGGCAACUUCUAGCGCUACUUUUAAGCUCUCCAUAUCUAGAUAAUAUUGAGUGAUAUCGCGAGUCUUAACAUAAUAUUAGGGUCAACUAUACGUUAAAUUUAACCAUUUUGUCGUGCGGUCUCUGUGAUCACAGAUAUUAGUUAAGUCCGAGAGCAGUUUUUUCAAAUGGUAACACUUAUUAUUUUUUACUUUUAGUUCGUACUGAUUUACUGAUGUCUCAACAGGGGAGUUAGAGGCCAGCUCUUACAAUUACUGAGCCCCGAUUACGGUAAUUUUUAACGUCUCCAAUCCAGACACGCUUCUCGAUUCUGCGAUACGAUUGGUCGUUCAACAGCGUACGUCAGCCGUUUUGACCAAUCGUAUCGCAGAAUCAGAAGCGCGUCUGGAUUGGAGACGUUAAAAAUUACCGUAAUCGGGGCUCUGGUCGGUUGAGCCAUUUUACUAUCAUACCAGUACAAUAUAAAGUUCAAGUGUCAUAUUUUAUAGUUCGUUUUUUGCUGUCGGAAUGUUGAGUUGAGAUCACAGUGACCACAUUUAGUAAGAUGUUUUCAUCUUAGAUGUAAAUUUCAUUUACUUACGCAUUGACUAAAUAUUUCUCGUGAGUGUUGAAGGAAUAAACAAUCUAGACGUAAUGUUGCUGUAACUACGAAUUUAUAUUUAAAGUAAUAGUACAACUUUCUGGUUCAGUUUGUGCCAAAUUUUCUUCCAGCUUUUUAUUGUUAUUGCUAUAAAAUAGAAAACAUUUUGUAUUAUGAUUAUUGUACUCAAGCUCAACUUAAAUUUACUAUGUUUAUUGUAUAUUUAGGCCAAUUUUUAAGUCUGCAAAUUAAAAGCCAAAUUUUCCCUAUAUUUUAGAUAAUAGCUCAAUAAAGCCCCAGUCUAAAUUUUAAGUAGGAUAUUAAAAUUUGCACCCGUGUGAGUUUGUGGAUAUAAUUGUGCAUUUAUGAAUAAUUGUGCAAGUGUAUUUAUUUUUUAUUCAUCAUCAUUUUAUCACAAUGAUAAUGCCUAUUGCAUUAAAGUAUGCGCUGCUACAAACAGUUGUUUUGUUACUAUACCUGUAAGUAUCUGUGGCACAAAGAAUAUUUGAACUUGGUGACACGAUGCAGCGCAUGGCAAUUAAGAAGUAGCUUUAUUGCUCUCUAGAGGGACUAACUUUUAUGUUUAAAUGUUGCCGAAAUGAACACGUUUCAUUGUGUUAUGUUAUUAGUGAAUAGCUUAAAAUGAGAAUUGGAAAAUUAGCGACCCUGGAAGGUUUUCAUCUGAGUGAUAUUGACGCCCAAAUAUUUUUUAUAUUAUACCUAUCUUGACCCCAAAGCUCUACUAGUUGCAGGGAGAUGCUUUUUAUCUGUCACUAUAGCUAAUUUUUUACACACAUGUACCUAUAUUUUUUACAUCAGUCAAAACCUACAUAUUUUAAUCUUAAAAAUGAAUGUUGGAGGUUAAUUCAAUUCAAAUUAACAUUAAGAUUACUAGCUUUGAAAGUACGAUAUUUUUACAGGAUAUUAUGUUCUUUGUUUAAGGCUUUAGUACAGAUUUAACAGUGUGAAGCUUGAACAUUCCUAUUCUCAUUUGUAUAUUAACCUAUUUGGUAUACAUAAAAACUACAAAUAUAAUUUAUUGUGUACUUAUUGUAGGACAAUUUAACAUUUAAUUGUAGCAUUUUCGUUGCUUGUUAUGUUUUGUUUUUUAGUUGUAAGGAAUAAACGUGAAUUAACUUAA